AUGAAUACUGACCAAAGUCUCAAGAUUGUCGGACUGCUGACGUUCCUUGUCGUGCUGACGACAACAUUCCACAAUAUGCAUGUGGCAUCAGACUCGAUAAAAGCUUCAGAAACUUUGCUACAACAAUUCUUGGAUUCUUCCAGCAGUCGAUUCGGUCAGGGAACGAGCUACUACCAAACACUCCCAUCACAAUCACAGGCCAUUUGUUUUGUCACUGCCAGUUACGCGUUGAACGAAACCGUCAUGGAUCCAUUGCCCGACAUGACAAGCUACAAAUGGCCUUUUAAGUUUUUCCUCUUUACCAACUUGAAGGAAACGCAAUGGGAAACUCCUGGAUGGGAAAAGGUGGUGACAGAUUUUACCUAUCGUCGUCGGAUCACCCACUCUCGAUAUGGCAAGUUCUUGUCGUGGAAGUAUCCCCGGAUAACGAAGCUGUGCCGGGCGAUCUUUUACAUCGAUUCGACCAUUGAACCUACAAAGAACAUCUCGCUAUGGGAGGAGGCUGCCAGUCGAAUGGAGGCGAAUGAUGGUCCUGGCUUUAUGCAAUACCCACACCCCAAGAAUCGGUCCGGUCUUCCAGCCGAAUUCCGUGCCAUUCGCCGGUCUCGAAAGGAUACCUAUCUCAAUGUCAACAAAUCCUGGACUUGGAUGGAGAAUGAUCCCAGCUGGACGCCAAAGAUGAGGAUCUUUCUCAAUACUUGUCUCGGGUACAAUCCAAAAUCCAAGACCUUUCAAAAGGUAUCCCAGUCCUUUUGGGACCGCUAUUCGCUCGAAUUGGAUUCCUGGAGGGACCAACCACUUUGGUCCUUCAAUCUCAAUCGACAUAAGGUGAUACCUCUCAACUUUCCUGAUACCUUUCACGAAAUAUUCAAGCAGGCCAACAUGUCUGUCUAUGGUCACAAUGGACAUACCUACCGAAAGGAUUCGGAGGUGAAUGUGCAGUUCUGA